AUCCCUGUCCCCCAGUCGCCGAAAUCGAAGAAUAUCCUCGCUCCGGCGACAACGGCGCGACUCCUCACCGGAAUCUGGCCAUCGCACAGCUGCGUUCCUUUAGCCUGCGCCCUCUGGUUUUGACACGGGACAAUGGACAGUACGGUCACGUCGAUCAGGCCCCCUCUCUUGGAGUUGGUAUAUAGGUGCAUGCGCCGUGCCUCGCCAGCUGAGACCCCACGUGGCUUAUGUACAGACCUGCCUAGCAGUGGACAAAGCCAAGAUGAAGCUAUGUAUCCAUGACUUUGGACAAUGAGUUUCCAUCCAUGGGAUAUUUGAGUCCACCAUGGCAGAGGCUGCUCUCAAGAUCGUCUUCGGGCAACCGGACCAGGACGGGCAGAGUGUUGGCAUAAGUGCCUCAGAACGACGCUCACAUGCUGCUCGGAUUGGUCACCUUAGGUCAACGCAGGCAGCGAGUAACACAUUGAAGAAGAACCAACCUCCAAAAAGUGCCACUCGGCAUCCAGCUCUGGGGAAACAGGCUCUUUACAGACUGUAUGUACCGAACUCACACCGUGCAAGUCGCUCCAGUGCGAGCUCCAAAUCCAACCUUUCCGAUAGUUCGAGUUCAUCAGAUGAAGAAAGACAACCCCCGCCGCCGCUGGUGCUCAAUGGCAACUCCGAUCCGUUCGCCAUGCUACCUAUCAUCAUCACGCCACUUGUGAACCAAUGUUUGACGUUCAUGCGGGAAGCGCUGUACCCAAGUAUAUACUACAACACCUUCUUCCGGCGGCUCUAUGGUAGCUCCCACGGGCCGAUCAAUGUUCUACAAGACAGCACCUGGCUACCCGCGCAGACUGCCCGACAAGACUGGGGGACAGCCGCAAGCAGCCUAUAUUCGGAAGGCCAAGCAAUGGCGUGUAUUGCCAAUUUCCUCAGCAAUAUGGCCCCUCUAAUGCCAGAGGAAGGCCGACUAAAAAUUAGACGUGAAGCUCUCAUAUAUACGACCAAAAGCUCACAACUAUUACGAAAGUCUCUGGACGAGCUACCCAACCCUGACGGCAAAAGUGUCCUGCUCCGAGAACCGAGCCUUAUUAGCCACGUCUUCUGGUUGUUCCGCGCUGCUGUCUUCUCUGAGAACAAGACCUCGGUAGCAGUACACGGCAAGGUCCUCGCUCAAAGCAUUGUACAAGGUUUCAACGACGGUCUCGUCGACCACUUGAUGAUUAUCCAAGCUAUCAACGCUGAUUGUGAUGAUGCUACCAAAUUUAUGCGCCGAACCCAUUUCGAUCCAGAUUGGUACCACACGAUCAUCCAACCAAUAUGGGCGAUGGCCGAGUAUAUCCUACCUCCUAUACCCGAGGCCGUCUAUGCCAAUAUCAAUCCCACAAUCGAGUUACCGGAAUUGCGGGAGAUCUUCAUCAACUCGCUCCACCAGGCCGCGUACUGUGAGGAUGGAUUGCAAGUGCCCGACAAAGCGUGGGGUCCACUGGAGCACAAACAGCUUGCCUUUGCCUGGUUCGCCACACAGAGCGAGUAUACGAUGUCGAAACUUCUCAAAAUAUACUUCGACCUCCGAGGAGGCAAUCGCGUAGCAUAUCAAACAGAAGCACAGCAGCCGCUUGCACCUGGUCAGCGACUGACGCAGAUUGGACUGGCGCUGGGAUUGCUGUACUACGUUCGCAUUCUGGGUCACGAGACGAAAAUCAACGGUCGAGAUAUUCGAGAUUCCUCGCCCGAGAUCAUACGACAUCUGAGAGCCGUGAUGGAGCAGAUCUCGAUUGUUGCCACCGACGACGAAAAGCGGCGAUACAGCGAGGCGCACGCAUGGCUUUACUUCUUGGGGACAUUUGAAGAAGAACGAAAGGGCAUGUUUCCCAAAUCGACCUGGUUUCAGCGCCGCCUCGCCGAACAUGUCAUUGUCUCUAGGAAGAAGAGCUGGACCACGUCGUCCAGCUGGAAAGCCUACCGCCGGAUUUUCCGCACCUUCCUCUAUUCCGACUGGGCAUACCCUAGCGCGUCUACGUGGUUCGAUCGAAUCAUCAUCAUGUACACAAGGCCAGUAGAAUGAGAAUAGUCGAAGAUCCGACUACCAUACCGACUACAACAACUGGACCAUGUCCAUCCGCAUCAAAAGCCGGUCUAUGCUUCUGACAUAGAUCGACGUGGAUCCGUCACCAGGAUCGAACCUCCGCUGUUCUGAGCGCCAAAGAAAGCACUAAUUCUAGAGAUGCAAUUAGAAUCCCGGAUUCGAUUCGACUCAACCUCUGAAUGGCAACCGACAUGUCUUUGCGAGUGGCCAUCCCAACGGUCUGGCCGUGCUGCCUCUUUCGAAUCCAGCACGACACGACCCGAAGAAGACACUCUACGACGCCCGGGUAACUUUGCAUAUUGAAGAGCACUUUACACCCAGCAUGAGGUCUGAGGGUAUCGAUCGGGUGGGAAAUAAUUGCCCUUCGAGAUCACGGUUUUGGGAUCAGCUUCUUGGAUUACUGAAUGCUCGAUACCACGCUAACAUGUUAGACUAGGCUUGCUUUCCGUGCAGGAUACACAAGAUACUGAUAAGACUCCUUCUUACACGAA